AUGUCCGGGAGCGCGGGGGUGGCCCCCGUGUUGUCGCUCGGUCUGGUGUGGGGCGUGCGGGGGCUCCUCCCCCACGACAUCACCAGCUCCUCCCCCGACAUCACCAGCCCCUCCCCCACGACAUCACCAGCUCCUCCCCACGACAUCACCAGCCCUCCCCAAGACAUCACCAGCCCUCCCCUGACAUCACCAGCUCCUCCCCAAGACAUCACCAGCUCCUCCCCACGACAUCACCAGCUCCUCCCCCAAGACAUCACCAGCCCUCCCCAUGACAUCACCAGCUCCUCCCCGGCUGACAUCACCAGCUCCUCCCCCGACAUCACCUCUCGUCCCCCACGACAUCACCAGCUCCUCCCCCACGACAUCACCAGCCCUCCCCAUGACAUCACCAGCUCCUCCCCCACGACAUCACCAGCCCUCCCCAAGACAUCACCAGCUCCUCCCCACGACAUCACCAGCCCUCCCCCGACAUCACCAGCUCCUCCCCCAAGACAUCACCAGCUCCUCCCCCAAGACAUCUUGGGGCUCCUCCCCCAGCUCCUCCCCCACUGUCAUGAAUUGCCGAGGGAUGGACAAGGCUUGGACCCAAAUGCAGGAAAAAAUGGAAUUUAUUGA